UUGUUAAUGUUACCGCGUCGUCGAUAAAUUCUGCUUGUAAUUGCGUUCUUCCCGGAAAAAAAUAAGGCGGCCGGCGUCUAUUUUGUGUUAAACAAUGAGUUCAUACGACUUCACCUUCGGCGGGGGAAUCGAAUUUGUUCUGGAGAACAUUUCAAUUCCGUCUUCCCAGCGCCAAAGCUUCAAUAAAGACGCCGAAAUCAUAGAGAAUGCAUUUAUUCGCGCUAUUUCACGCCACGAUCGCACAUUCGCGCAUGCUUUCAGAGGCCUCAGCUUGACGGGCAGCAAUCUGGAUGGAUCAAAGAUUGAUUUGCCCGAUGAAUUUGAUAUGUUGACCACAAUGGAGUUCAACUGCAACUUGCAACCAGUCCCCGUGGCAGGCCACCCAGGCUACAUAUAUCUGCGCGUAACGGGAAGAAAUGCGCCCGCCCACCUGCUCCAUCGUGCUCGAUCCGGCUUUGACUACAUUAGCCGCGACAAGCUGCAGGCCUGGUUCCGCCAGAACAUAGGCGCGAUAAUGGAGGAGCUGCAAAACAUUCCCUGCGGAGGCCACCGCACAUAUGCACUGAAGUACAUGGCCCACGGCUACGGCGUGGCUCACACCAUAAUGGCCGUGUGCCGCGGCGACCGGAAGCGCAAAAUCUACUUUGACUUUGUGCCAGCGUUUGAGUUCCAGGCCCACGAGUGGCCACAAGGAUUGCCCCAGCAUAAGCAUCAGCAGCGCACAUGGUUCGCGGUUCCCCGUGCCAUUCGUGGCAAGCAUGCUCCAAAAGAUCCACUCACCUUCAUGGUCUGCGCUCCGCACUGGGAGCGCAUGGUGUUGGAAAAGAAGCAGAACCUAAAGGACACCAUGCGCCUGAUGAAAUGCACACGCAGUGCCCACCACAUGAAUUCACUGAUCAGCUACAUGAUCAAGAGCGUCUUCCUGAACUGCGCCGAGUGGCGCUACACCACAUGGAACCAGUCUCCCGGACGUCUGCUUAUCCGCAUGUGCGUGCGCAUGAUUUGGUGCCUUACUCAAAGGCAUUUGCCGUUUUACUUGGUGCCCGAACUGGAGCUCUUCGAAACGCUUUCCGACAAUCAGUUGUCCGCCUAUUUGCGAAACUUCAACCGCAUCACUCGCACCCUCAUCAAGUGCCGCGAUCGCGAUCGCAUGACCCCAGAACAAAUGGAAUUCUUAUUCGGUAUAAGUUACGAAUGAGUUGGCAGAGACGGGACCUGGCCCUGCCAAUCUUUUUACGAAUAUUCCAUUUUGGGUUAAUCUCGCAGGAGCCUGCUGGAGACAAGUGCACUUAGUUUAUAUCGCACAUAUCUAUGAUAUAUCCUUAUGAAGGGACUUCACUUCUUUACUUUUGUAUUAAACUUUUUUUGUACUUUUUGC